ACAGCGCCCCUCAGCGCUUCCCCGUCCCCGUGAGAGGUGACGUCACGAGAGCUCGCCCGUGUUCGUUCCAGCUGACCGUAGCCGCGAUUCCGGGCGCUCGUCUGUCUCACUGACUCCGGAGCAGGCGAUGGGUGACAACCCCGAGUAAAUAACACCAGGGAAGAGAGCGCGAGCGUGACACAAGGGGGGAGAAAAAGAAAAAAAAAAGAAAAGAAAAGAAAAAGCAAACGGUGCAGCAGAUGAUUCCUGGAGGCUACUGCGCCUCUUCCAUGACAGCUGGAGUAGUGGAGCUCUGAGGACGGCGGCUUGGCGGCGGCUGCGCGUCUCAACAGCGUCGCACCGCUGGAUCUAAUGGACGCCUGUCGCUCGCAGCUCACUGGCUUUCUCGGGGAAUAUUUUCAUCCGGGCCCGAAGCUCAAACUGGUGCCAAAUGUCAGCAAAUAAGCGGACUGAGCUCCUGCGAACACGUCAAGAGUGCCAGCUUCAAUUCCCUGCCUGCAACUUUUGCUGAAAGCAGAGACAGAAGCGUCCUGGGCGCCAGGUUUAAACAUUUCAACGCAGUGAUAGUGAACAGGAAGAUGGAGCACAGUGCUGCUGAGUAGAGAUCCUAUGCGUGUGCAGAUUUAUUUUAAUUAUUAUUAUUAUUUUUUAGUUUAAAAAUGGAUUGAGUGGAAAGCACUUUGGGAAAGCCUUCUGGAUGCUGGAUGGUUUGAGGUUUGAGGUGUAAACCCUCUCCUAUCCUCUUAUCAUCAAUGGUCAGCUGAGGGCUUUAUCCGGAAGCAGCUCCUAUCUCUCACUCACUAUAGGUUUUUUUUGGUUUUUGUUUCGAGUUGAUUGUGAUUUAAAAGUGGACCCUAAGCCAAGUAUAGUCAGGCUAUGUCCAGGCCUCUUUCUCAGCUUUUACCUCCUCCAGAUCUUCCCUCUGGAGGUAGUGCACAGUUUGGCCCUACUGCUACUACAGCACCCAAUGGCCACCUGGGCUCCGUGGCCAGCCUAAAAUCUCUUCUUCAGCUUCCCAUUAAAGGAGACAGCAGAGGGAAAGACUGCUGUGAGAUGAUCGAUCAAGACAAACCGUUGGACUCUGAUGAGGAUUCACUUGGUGGAAUUGGCACCGGGGCCAGUGGCUCUAUGCGCACCUCUUCCCAGACGGCUUUCCUGGGGCCAUUGCUGUGGGAACGCACGCUACCAUGUGACGGCGGCUUAUUCCAGCGGCAGUUCAUGGACUUGGAGGAGUUCCUGACGGAGAACGGCAUGGGGUGCAUGCCACUGGGCAGUACCUCUGGUGCUCAGGCCCUCAUUCCAUCGCAGAGCAUGCAGUCAGCCCUUCCAAGCCAGAGCUCCUCACCGUCUCCCGGCUCCUCCUCAGCCUCCUCCAUCUCUUCCCUCUCAUCUUCGUCAUCCUCGUCCUCCCUUCUGGGACUAGACGUGCCACAGGUCCAAACCCAAGGAAUGCUGGCAAGUCCUGAGUGUCUGCACGGUGGACAGGCCGUGCAGCAGGACCCGUCUCCCAGCUCCUCCUGCCCUCCACCACCAGUGCCCAGCACUGGUGCCCCUGCGGCUGAUGUCAUGGUCAACUUUGACCCCGACCCUGCCGACCUGGCCUUGUCCAGCGUACCGGGCCAGGAAGCGUUCGAUCCACGGCGACAUUGCUUUUCUGAGGAGGAUCUCAAGCCUCAGCCUAUGAUCAAGAAGGCUCGCAAAAUGUUGGUGCCUGAUGAGCAGAAGGAUGAAAAGUACUGGAGCCGACGUGUAAAGAACAACGAGGCGGCGAAGCGCUCACGUGACGCACGACGCCUCAAGGAGAACCAGAUAUCCGUCCGUGCCGCUUUCCUCGAGCGAGAGAAUGCUGCACUCCGACAGGAAGUGGCUGAUAUGCGCAAAGAGCUUGGCCGCUGUCGCAACAUCAUCAACAAAUAUGAGAAUCGCCACGGAGACUUAUGAAGAGGAGAAUUUGAAAAAAGCAGUUUGGUCUCUUUGGAAAAGGCAGUUUAAGGGCAGGGCUGUCAAACCACACUCAGAAAUUUCAGCAGACGGUUUUCUAAACAAGCACUACAACACUUGCGAACCAUGUUUCUUUAAACGUGUGGCAUUGUGCAUGGCUGCAACAAAUAGUUGCUUACAGAUCAGUAAUCCUAGUCAAAGGGAAUGCUCACAAAGUCUAUAAGAAACACUGUUCACUUUCAUAUUAUUCUUUUUGGCUGUAAUACUACGCUAAACCCUAACUUUUGCCAUUUUAAGCUAGUGUAAAUUUUUAGGGGAAGUUGUCGACUCGAUAUUCAGUGUUGCUCAGACUUUAUGAACAUUUCUUACUCUUGUUAUUUUUCUUAGAAGAUUAUGCAGAUGACACUGGUAAUAUUUUCUAUGACAAAAAAAGACCUUGUAUAUUUUUGACAUGGCUUUGGACAGUUACAAUAACACAGAAUAGAAGAAAACGGAGCGGAGGAUAAGACAGCACAAAGAUUUAGGCAGGAAAAUUGUAUAUUUUUAUACCUACAGGUGCAGACAGGCAAAGAGAUUUUGGAACUAAUUUUUUCCUCUAUAUUUUAUACAUAUGGGUGGGUAGGGGCACUUAUGAAGAAAGAGGGCUAUAUGAAGAUGUUUUUGAAAUCAGGUUGCUUACUGUGGCUGAUCGAGAAGGUCUGAAAGUGAAAUUAAACUACCAUGAUGGACAGAACUAUCAGAGCAAUGAUGGCCAGCUGUGCUACAAUGAACAGCUGAAGUUGAAGUAAACAGCAAAAUAAGUGUUUUGAAAUUAUGUUAUGGAUUUGUUACAGUACCUAAUUUUAUAUGUUGGAUUCCUUUUCUUCAAUUUCUGUGUGUUUUGUCCUGAGUUGAAAGCAAACAGAUACAAGGAGAAAGCAGGAGGUCUGGACAUUACACCCUGUCACUACAUUAGAGGAAUGGAUGUACAAAAGAUUUUCCAUGUAUAUAUUUGAUUGUUGAAGCUUCUAUUCCACAUAAACACACAUACUUAUACACAAACUGGACCUUGGAUUGCAUGUGCACAAACCAGAUGUCUUUUAAGUCAACACACAUAAUCAGAGUUAUUUCAGCACAGUUUUCCCUGCUCCUUCACACUGUCUCUUUCUCACACUCCCUGAGUUUCUGAUUUUUCCAAAACAUUGAUUCUGGUUUAAAUUUUUGUUGUUGUUUAGUUGCCAGUGAGUGGGUUGCAUGGUAGCUCAUUUUUUUUGUAUAUUGUAUGAUCAGCACGGAAAAAAAUACCCACAUGUUGUCCUUUUGGUACAGAUUCCUUGCACUAACUGUGUCUCUGUUUAAAUUGUAAGAGCAAUCUUAAUCUAUUAGAAGUGUUAUGUAAAUUCCCAAACUAUAUUCUAACAAAAUGAAUGCACCCUGAUACUACUGUAAAAAUAAUAUCCUAUUAUAUAAAAGUUAUAAUGACCUAUAUGAGAUUAAACUAUUCUAUCACUAGGUAUGUCUGUAAAUAUCAGUAUAUGUGAAUAUGUGAUUGUAGAGGUAAUUUGCAUAAAUGUAGUUAUAUACAGAAACCUAUUGCUUCACAAAAAGUACCUACAGCCAGAAACCCAGAAUCGAAUCAAUCUGCAAACCAAAAUGAUGGGAUAAUAAUAAAAGAAUAUUUUUAAAAAUACAUUAUUUUAAAGAAGUGUUUAAAUUUUGUAUUUUGUCCUGGUGCAGGUAAAAUAAAUUAAUAAAAUAAUAAUAAAAUAUACAGAAUUCUAUACAAGCCCAACUAAUUUUGGGACAGUUGCUACAAAGCUACAGUACCCUCAAGAACUAUUGGCAUCCUUUAAGAAAAUUAGCAAAAAAAAAUCAUAUCUAAAAAGUAUAACAUGCAAUAUGUGACAUUUUGAGCUCACAUUGACAUUGUAAAGUUGAUUUUUUUUUUUAAAGACAAAACUUUAUUUUAAGCAGUGCAUUUUUUUUUUCUACAGAACACUGAUUUCAAAAUGAUCUGUACCCACACAAUUGAAAUUUUGUUAGGCCUGCCAGGACAAUAACAGCACCGAGUCUCUUCCUGUAACAUCUAAUAAGGUUGGAGACACUUGUAGAGGACUCUUUGUCCACAUCUCCAUGCAGAACAUUUUAAGCUCCUUUAUGUUUGUAGGUUUGUACAUAUGGACUUCCCUCUUCAGUUUCAGUAGGGUUCAAAUCCAGAGACUGAGAUGAUCGUGGCAAAACAUUGCUUUAGUGUUUCUCUAACCAUUUCUGUGUUAAAACCAUUGCAAACUGUGACCUUAAGGCUUUUUUUUUUUUAAAACGUCUUUACCAUCUUCCUCACUGUGUGGGGCAGACUGUGUGCUCAGUGGUUCAAUUCCUGGCAAAAUUUUCAACUUUUCGUGAAAUAUGUGAAACAUUUUGUUAUGGCACUAGCUGUGUUUAAUGAUAUUUUAAUUGUUUUGUGUAACAACCAUCUGUCUCCUGUAUUGAAAGGUCUUUUUUCCCCCAUGGUAAUGGAUGAAAAAGGGAUUUUACAUGUGUGCAACCUCAUAUUUAUAUCCCAGGGAAACAGGCAGGUUUAAAACAGGUUCCAGGCAACAACAGAGUUCCUGUGCAAAUGCAAAAUAAUAGAAGUUUUCAAGAAUGUCAAUUUGUUUGCAUUUAUAUAAAAUAUUCCUCAAUAAUUUUGGCACAUAUAUCUCUAAGAGAAAAUACUAUUAUUUAAAAAUAAGUAUGUCUAAUGAGAAUUAUUUUUUUCUUAGAACAAAGAUAAAUAGUUUCUCUGAGUCUGAGUGGAAAAUUAUUGUGUGUGAUGUUUAUUUUAUACAAUCAAUUUUGCUAAUUUUUAUGAAGGGUGCCAAUAAUUAUGGAGGACACUGUAUAUACAGAAGCUCUAUGUUGAUUUGCACAUGACAAUGUAAAUGUGUUUUUUUUUUUCUUUUUUUAAAAAAUUGUUGUUACUCUUAUUAUUAUUGCUAGUAUUAUCAAUUUUGAUAAUAUUCUCUAUUCCUUUUCAGCAUUUCUUGUGAUGAGCUUUCUAACGAAACGCUCACCUUUGUAGUAAUAACACCAAUAACACCAUCUUGGAAAACUCAUAUUGCCAUUUGACUGUUCAUAAUUGGUGCCAUCCACUAAGACUUGUCAUUGUAUGUGUGAGUUUAUAUAAGCUGAUAAAAACAAACAAGAUUUUUUCUCCUGGAAGAAUUGAAUCUGCUCCUUCUGCCAGCAUUGACUUGGUGCUGCUUUUGCUCCCGCACAUCAAAGGAGUAUGAUUUUUAUUACAUUGAAACUUUGUAGAAGCUUAAAUUGAAACUUUUGGCAGUGCUAUUUUUCUAUAUUACCCUGUACACAUGUUAAUGGAAUUUCACAAGCACUGGUAGCUUAUCCUCUUUUUCCAGUGACAAGUUUCUUACCAGUUGAUAUUGCGGGUAUUGUAUUCAUCAUAUUUUGCCUCUUUCCAUGUGGAAUAUUAACAGGUCCCUGGUUGUGACUGUUAUUAACUACAAAUACCAAGAGCAUACCACUAUCAAACCUAACAGAACCAAUAAUAUCUACUGUUCUAUGUGUGGAGAUGCUGGGAAAUGUGGUCUGGCUUUUUCCUGACACACCAAUAAAUGAUUGCCAUUAUUCACCGAUACGAAACCUAGUUUGCAUUGUGCGUAUUGUUAUACAGUUACAAAG